UGGGCACUGGUGGGAGGCACAGGUGGGCGGCACUGAUGGGCACUGCUGGGCACAGGUGGGUGGCACUGCUGGGCACAAGUGGGUGGUACUGCUGGGCACAGGUGGGAGGAACUGGUGGGUGGCACUGCUGGGCACCGAUCAUCAGGGCACUGAUCAUCAGUGCCCUGAUGAUUGCGUGAGGAAAGUGCAGCCGAAAACCGGUAAUGGCAUUUCCCUAUGAUCAGCAUGUCAUUGGACAUGGCUGAUCACAUGGUGAAAGGCCGCAGUGAUUGGCCUUUUACCACAUCCCGUGAUCAGCUGUGGACACAGUG